CCCAAAGCGGAAUUGACCGGUGGUGGUUGGUCGAAGCUCCAGUAGGUAGCCACUCCCUUCUCAGAGAACCGUACGUGAGACUUCCGCCUCAUACGGCUCCGUCCCGAGCUUCCGUCGUCGGCCUUGGCAUUAGACCACUAUCUAUGCAUGUAUUUGAAGCCUGGACUCUCGAAUCUUUUGCUCCUCGGGUGGUGUCGAACAAUAGUGCUUGCGUUGCGGGAGAUGCCCGCCCGUAGGGCCCGGCCUGCUUCCCGCCCGAAAGAACCGCUCACUAGCUAGCCGGACUAGUGGGGCCCUAUCUGGAGACAUACUGAAACCCAUGCCUUUCGAACCCCCGUCUUCCAAAUAAAAAGAAAAAUGGGCUCGUUGGGAAGAGGAGUGCGGCCUGUAGAGCACAUGUAAGGCACAGUCCGGGUUGCUCACGCAGCGGAGAGAGAGAGGUGUGAAAGUAAUAGCCUUAUGUUACGGCCUUUACGCUACUACUACUGUGAUGUGAGCGGUUCAAAUUGGUUUCAUCUUUUUCAAUCAUCCUGGCCGGAACUUGUACGGAGGUGCAUGCAUAAAGGUUUGGAACUAUUUUAUUAUCUGAAUCUUAAGGACAGGACCCCACCCUAUUCUCGAACCCUCUGCCGAGCUCUACCCUGUCCGCAUUUCCUUUUGAAGGGGAAAAAAAAAUGUCUCCACCUGCUGCCAACAGUCUUUCUUCGGAAUUAUACUGAACAGGUCGAUCCUCCCAUCCCGUUUGUUUUAGCAACUUCUCCAAAGGUCUCCUCGCCAAGAGCUCCCCGGCGACGACAGAGGAAGCAACCCGUCUGCUGUGGCGGGGCGGCUUUUUUUCUUUCACAAUAAGACCUGGACGAUUAUCCCUACCUUCGGUAGCUUACGAGUUUACGUCCAUCCCUGGUCGGGUACAGUUUCCUUUCGAUUUCUCCCUUGUAGCCGUUACCCGAAUUCGCGCAAGUGUGUCCACACCCCCCAAAAUUGACGAGAAAGAUUUUCUCGCGAACAAACACAACCCCUACACACACCUAGGAGCACCCCUUCCUGCAUAUCCAUACAAGACCCGAGUAGGCGGGUCGAGGUCCUACGAGGUACCCACUACUCGGAGUACCCUCCCAAAAGGAAAAAGAUGUGUCUGUCAGGUUCGGUUCUUCUUAGUUGGGUUGGGCGGGUUCGACCAGAAAUGCUAUGCUUACACACAAGACUACCCCUCUUCCCGAAAGCUUCGCGGGGACUACUUUAGGACGACGGACGACCGCCCGUAGGGGGUUUACUGCACAAGGCCCCUGCAGAGGAAAAGCUUUAUCCCAGCGAAUAGAAGAUGCUCAG